AUGGACGCUUCUGAUGAUGUCACGGAUGACCUGCUCGGAUUGCCGGGUUUCAUCCGGCGAAAUCUCCUGCUGAUGCGGGAGUUAGAUACGAAGUUCGUGUCUCUUCUAGAUGAUGCUAGGAAGAAGGAACAGGUACUAUUAAGCAAGCUACAGGCGCAGACUCCAACGUCAUCCCCUGCUGCUGCUGAUAAGACGGCGUCUAAGCGCGAAGCGUCGACCAGUCCCAUUAAGAGGCAGGCGUCGGACGAGAAAGGGUCCGGCCCUGCAAAAGGCCGCGGCUCCAAACAGAAGCAAGCUGCCGAGUCCAAAUCGAAGCCGGCAGGCGGAGAUACGAAACGCCACUGUAAGGGAAAUACGCCAGCAGCCACAGAGAGCGGCAGCACCCCGACGGCCAUCGCACCAACAGGACCUCCUCCCGAUAGCGUUACACAGGAAGAAAUGGAUGACAUUCAGAAAACUCGUAUGGACGCCAUCUAUCUAAUGCAGGAGAAGUUGGCCAUCAACGACCAGGUGACGUACAUGCUAAAGCACGAAUACGAGAACCUCAAGGUCCUCUUCGACAACAUGUACCACGAGAUGGAGACGUCGGGGCAGAUGACGGAUAAGUUGCGGAUGUCGUUCACCGUGACCAAGUCCAAGCCGCCGCAAAUGGAUACGAUUCUGUCGGGUACGGAGCAGGAGUUGCUGGGGAAUGCGCCGGGUUCUGCGGGCGGCAGCGCAGACAUGACUGCCUCUCGUACACCGGCGUGGAUCAGCGUAGUACCUGAGGCGGUGGCCUCCAGCAUUCCGACAUUGGGACCGAAAUCCGAGUCAAAGGAUGCUACGUGA